AUGGAACGCUCACCAAAGCGUACCCGCCUUGCGAUUGAAGAUGUUCAAUCUACGGAUCUAGGUACAGAUAUUCUUGCCCUUCAGGAUAAGGCGAAGGUCUUAGAAAUCCGAAUUAAAUACUACGAAGAAACUGCAAUUCCGGAACUACAGCGAAAGAUCGACGACCUAAAAGUAAAAAUUACCCAACCGCCAGAGCCAACAAGCAGAGGUCUUUUUGGCGGACUUUCCUCAUUUGUAAGUGCUGACUCGCCUAGCUCGCCAAGCCAAGUGCAUUACAAAUACGAUGAUUUGACGAGCAGAGAAACGAUCAACCGAUUAGAGUCUCUAGAACGAGGAAAAGAAGGUUUUCAAGAGUAUAAUCGGUACAAGACGUUCGCGUUGCAGUUCUUGUCGAUGGAUGAACUUCGAAAGUGCGCGUAAGUAU